GCUCGAGUUCCUCUCGCGGUUUUACUUUUUUAUUAUUUCUAUUUUCAUUAUUCGUUUAUCCUCUAAGAAGGACAUUCGACGAGCGAUUAGAGAAACAUACCCCUUCCGGCGACGAUAAACAUUCAUCGAGUAUCCGGGAUGCGCGUUAUUUAGCGGGCGUUCGAGUCCCUCUUAUCGUAUUAUUCUUUGUUAUUUUUUCCUCUAUAAUCUAUUUUUAUUACUCGUUUAUCUCCGCUCGUACCGCGGCAUCUGCGCGACAAUCCUUAUAAACGCGAGAUCGUUUCGAGAAGCGUCAAAGUAUUCUCGUUCGCGAGAUAGCGAAGUGACGAGGCGACGAAGCGUGAAACAGCGAAGAGCAAAGUGGCGAGGUGCGAAAUAGCAAGAGUUAAAAUCGGUCGCGAACUGCUCGAUAUGGAACGAAUCGAGCAGAUAAUUAACGCGGCCGAUUGCAUUAAUGUAAACAGAGAUUUAAUCGCGAUAAAGUCCUACGUUUUGGGAGAUCUCGCCUCGGAUCUGCGCGAGGAGGCGCGAGGCGUUAUCGAGAACAGUCCGGAUUCGUUCAGACUCACCUUUCAUUUGGACGGAGACAUCGAUAUCGCGCGUUUAAUACAACAGAUAGAGGACUGCAUAAGAAUGGCGCGAGAAUCGCUCUACGAUUUAGUGACGAAGACGAGAACUAUGCUCGCGCAGGCGCAAAACGUUCACAGCGCGUUGCGCGACGCUCGCCGACGCGACGUCGCGCGAGCCCCCGAGCAAUUCGAGUUUCGCGAUCGCGACUUCGCCGUCCCUGAGUUGAUCGACAGGCUUCACGGACGCGAGGAUAGGCGAGUCGUCGCGUCACCGACCGACAAAGAGCCCGAAUCGCGGCCGAUCGACGAGGAGCCCGAAUCGUGACCGAUCGACAAGAAGCCCGAAUCGCAGCUAAUCGGCGAGGAGCCCAAAUCGCAGCCGAUGGAGGACGAGGCCGAACCGUCGACGGUCGACGAGGGUGAACCGCCAGCGAGUGUACGAUUGGAGGAUUACGAGCCCGAAUCGCAGCCCUUCU